AUGGGAAAACACACCAAAUGGUUUCUUUUGAUGGCGAUAUUUGGGUAUACGAAGGUUAAACACGGAUGCAAAGCGGAGGCGGACUCACUGGAGCACAAAGGUUUGCCACUGUCAAUAGCCCCUUCGCUAUUCCUCAUGAUCAGCUUCCCAGAACGCAGAAGUUGAUAUGAUUCAAAUGAUGUUUUUUUCAGACUUGCAAACCAACUUUUAUACUUCACCUCAUUCUGAAAUUUUCGUUUUGGAUAAACAUUUUGACUGGGUAGACAAAGACGUUGAAAUAUAUGAUUAUGAAGGCAAUGUAGUCUAUCUUCUUUCUUUUAUGGAUGAUGAGGGACGUCCACUUCCGAAAGAAAGCCAAUUUACGCUAAAGAGCACCCGAGGAAAACCCAGUGUGCAAUCUGAUUCUGUGAGUUAUCCAUCCUGAGUUUGACCUUGAAUGUUGCCUUGUGUAUCUUUUACCAAGAAUCUGAUAUCUGACAGCAAUCUUCACAAAUACAAAUAUGAUAAAAUAGGCAUUUGGAUGGUGCGGAUUUGACCAUACUUACCAUGCCACCAAUGGCCUGAAUAUCGAAAUCAAAACUCGAAUGUUGUUGCCAGAUAGGUGGUAUCUCGAAGCAAAUCAUUUUGCAUAUGAAAGAUAUGUUUUCAAACGAAGCUUUAAUCGUAUCGCUGGAGAUAUUAUUGAGUCAAGUACUGGAAGAUUAG